GAGACAAGAUAGUAAUUACUAACAAUUGGAUACCACGAAAUUGGGGAGAAAAUGGGGUAAAAUGUAUUUAAAAAAAAUAAUAACAUAGCAGUUACACAUAGUUAAAAGGGCAAAUUGUGUUACACGUGUUUGCGGCAUCAAUUGUUUCAGGGAUUUGCAUGAUCGGUUUGUUUUGAUGAGCCUGUAUGGAGCAUGUGCUAAGGUGGCAACCAACGGAGAAUGAUUCAAGACUAGAAUCCCCCCCCCGCCCCCUUCCAUUUCCCGAAAAUAAACCAUUCUAGUAAAACAACAGCAAACAAGGUAACCUCAGUGCUACAGGUUUUUUCUUUUUACCAAGUGGAGUUUGGUGUCAUUUCAACAAGUGCCCUUUAGGACUUCUUUCCCACAUUCCACUUCUUCAGAAAUCCCUGUUUCUGUCAGGAGGAGCCCCCUGCGGCUACUUGACUGCGCUGAGAGGUUGGCUGAGACCUCCCACUGUAACCUAAGAUUUUAUUCAUCUGUAACUUAUCCCUCUGUCUAUUUUUCAUUCACCUCAGCCUGGUUUGAAUAAUAAGGCAGCUGAGAGAGAGAGGAGAGAGAGGGAAGGAGAGAGAGAGAGGUAGGAGAGAGAGAGAGGCUAGAGAGAGAGAGAGAGAGAGAGAGAGAGAGAGAGAGAGAGAGGGAAGGAAGGAAAGAGAGAGGGACGGAGGGAGGGUGCUACUUUCUUGGUUUACUUGGAGGGUUGGAUAGGAAUUUACCUGUAUUGACAUACUUCUUCCACUCUCUCGCUUACUUUCUUUCUCUCUCCUUCCCCCCCCCUCCUCCCCUUCUCUCCCUCUCAGGUGUUGGUCUUGAUCCAUCUGUCAGUAUAAAAGUUUGGAAGAGGUCUUCAGCGGUUCAGUCCAUCAUUUGCUUUCUCAAUGAGAGGCUCAAAGGGUCAACCCCUCUCCUCUACCCAGCGCCACUCAGUUUAUCUUAACCAACAACCACCUUGGCAUGUGACCGGUCUGACAGAGUGUGACACAUCUGGCACUUCUUCUCUGAGCCUGUGCCGUCUGCUCAGCACCUGACUGCCUGGCACUGCAUCCGCGACACACCUGGGCACAUCUGGGGAGAACCAGAUCCUAUCCUACAGGUCCUUUCGAUGUGGACGAGCUCUGAAACCAGGGCUAAGUCCCCACUCUCUCUCAGUGGAUAGGGGAUGUGAUUGAAGUGUAUCUGAUGCCCCAUUCACACAAGUCUUCAAAUCAGGUAAAGAAAGAGGGAAGGAGAGAGAGACAGAAGUGGUGACUUCAGCAGUACAGUAACUAGGCCUUUGGAACCUGUUGUGACAGGUUUCCUUCUAUGUAUCUCAUAGCGCUCUGCUGGGCUACCGUGGGUUGGCUGAGGGCCAGACAGAAAGAGAGAAAAAGAGAGAGAGAGAGUGAAAGAAGAGAGAGAAUGAGCAUGAGAUUAAUGCUCUGAAGGCUGGAACCAGCCCUUCAGCUCUUCUUCCUACUACCACCACACUCUUCUUAGUCAAUAUAUCUUCAACAGUAUUCUUCAAAAGAAGAAUCGCUCUGUUGGAAAGUGUUCCAGGUGUUUAGGCUAAACCAUGUGCAUUAUGUGAAUCUGAUCAAUUCUUCUUCUUCCCCAGACUGGACUGGAAUGAUUGAUUGUCACCACGAGAUUCAAAUAAGAUACUGUGGCCUACUGGCAGAACAAGAUUGUUGUCGAAUCAAGGAGGAUUUCUUUCUAGGCACACCAUCAUGUCUACAGACUCUCCCAGCUCCACAUUUACACCCAGUGCCAACAGGUUCCUGACAAUGACACCAGCCCCUCAGACCUCCUCCCUACGCACCUCUGAUCCUCCAGGGUCCUCCUUCCAGCAGAUGGCGCACUCACUGUGUGAGGAGAGCAGUUCUGUGUCAUUUACCACUGCUCAGCGUGAGAGAGAGAGUGCCACCUACAGACAGAGAAAUGCCGCUGCAGAGAGCUGCAGGAGGCACAGCGUUGAUGGAGCCAUGGUGGGACAGAGUCAAAGGUCAAACUUAGGGUCAGGAACGGCUGACCGCUUCCACCCCUACCGACAUCAGUUCAGCGAUGAUGGGGUUGGCAACGGUUGCCUGGCCCCUGGUGCCCCUGGGUCUCGUACCUUCGUCUGUCUCAGAGAGGUAGAGGCUCUAGAUAGCUUCGCUGCCACACGCACAUCUACCAGUGAGGAACAGACAUCCUGGGAUCCAUACAACGGGAGUUUCCAGGCUUCCAGACUGAUGGGCUCCCAGCGCUCUUACACAGAACCACAGGAUGCAGCCGAGGAACCUUCCUGCUUCCUGUCUCAAGGCCACGCCUCCUACAGCCCCCUAGCCCCGCUACCGCAGUUCUCACCAGGUAUGUAUUCUACCAGUGGACAAUCCAAAAGUUCUCAGUACUCUCUCCAGUGCCUCUCCACUCCAACCCAUCAGGACAGUAGCAUGCAGUCCCUCUUCCCCAAGCCCAUCUACUCAUACAGCAUCCUGAUCUUCAUGGCUCUGAGGAACAGUAAAACAGGGAGUCUCCCGGUUAGUGAGAUCUACAGGUUCAUGACUGAACACUUCCCCUACUUCAAGACGGCUCCAGAUGGAUGGAAGAACUCGGUCCGCCACAACCUGUCUCUGAAUAAGUGCUUUGAGAAGGUGGAGAAUAAGAUUGGCAACUCUUCCCGUAAGGGCUGCCUGUGGGCCCUCAACCCAGCCAAGAUAGAGAAGAUGCAGGAGGAGCUACACAAGUGGCGCCGCAAAGACCCCCUCACUGUCCGCAAGAGCAUGGCCAGGCCAGAGGACCUGGAUCACCUGUUGGGGGAAAGACCAGAGAAGCUGAAAUCUUUACCUUCUUACCACAACCAGAUCCCUACCACUUCCUCCUUCACAUCCCAUCCUCCAGAGCCCUGUCAUCCUCUUCGACGUCCCCUCUACCCCCACGUCCCCCCUCCCUCCCUGACAGUCCAACAGCACCCCCGUUACCUGCCCCCCACCACCCCCCAACCCUUCUCCUUCUACUCCCCCUGCAGACAGCAGCCUCUAUCGGGAAUCCCCCCCAAUGUGGGUACCCUGGGUUCCCCUCUGGUGGGGCAGACACCCCCCACCUGUAGCGCCACCAUACAGGCAGAGUAUGAUGCUGGGCCCAGGAGCAUACAAGAGCUACAGCUAGAUGAAGAUGCUAGUAACGAUAUCGACACGCUCAACCCCAGCUUGACUGACCUGCAGCUCCACGGUUACUUGUGGGACGAGCUGAGAGAGGACAGCCUGGCUCCUGAUUCGCUGGUGCUAAUCAGUCCCUCCCUGUCCCCCUCCUCUUCCCAGCCAACACACCUCCUCCUGGGGUCCAGUCUGAGGAGCACCGGUCCUGUCAACCAGACAUCAGAGUGGAUCUCCGACGGGCUGGGGAAGGAAGAUGAGGAGGAGAUGGGAGGAGGAUGUGGAGGUCCAUCAGACCUCCAUAUUAAUGGACAGUACCACACAGCCUACCCAGGUGUGGAGAGCUUGGCUAGUUACCUCACUUCUAUGGGGAACACCCCCAUACCUUUGCUUUGAAGCCCAGGAAUAGGGCUCCCUUCGUGGAAUAGCUCACAAAGACCUUCCCCCUGGACCUCAAGACUGUGGUUGUGAAGGUCAAGACUUAUCCCAAAGGGCUCAGUUUGAAGGUGAAUGUAGCAAUGAUCACAAUCAAAUGUCAUAUUUUGCUUUGCUUUGAACAUGCAGAGCACGUUGACUCAAUUUGUCGACAAUGAGUCUGAAGAGAAUGGGGGAGCCUGGGUUCAGAUUUGAUCAUAACCGUGUUAACAAUAUGUUUUUAUUCAUAACAAUGACUUUGGCUGGGUCAAAGUCAAGACUUGACGAAUGAGAAUGAAUGUAUCCAAAAGCUCAUGACACACCUGACUGUUCAGUGUUUAGGAGUAGAGUGCAGCAUGAGCUAACUCCACACUAGAUGGCAGCAGAGAGCUGUAGUUACUGGGAACUUUAAAGUUGUAGACAGAAAUACAGCACUGAUGACAUUUUUUCCGUAUUCUACACUACAGAGAAUCAUAUUCAUGUUCUACACAAUACAUUUCUAUGUUGAGCAUUCUGUGAAGUCCCAUUCUCCUGAAUAAGCCCCCUGGUGUGAUAUGUUCCCACUAUUGCAAUUAGCAUUUUAUACAGCUUAUGGUGACAGGAGAUGAUUCAAGCCAGUUGUUUUUUAGCUCAAAGCUAAUGAAUACAAUUACAAAAUGUGUCUCAGCAUAAUUUCUUAUGCGGUACAGGGAACAUACUCACUAUUUACUCAAUUCAUUUUGCUUUCUAGAAAUAGUUUUCAAAGCUUUAUAGCUAAAUUACCAUUGAGGAUGGAAGUCUAUCAAGGCAGAGCCAGACGACUGUUCUCAGGCCUUCAUCUGGUUCCUGCAGGCACUAUCACCUUAGCAGACACAUUUUCGAGAGUGUAUUUUAGUCAAAGCAUGUGUGAAAAGCCCCUUUUUCUUGUAUGACUUAACUGAGUAUAUAGUAAACUGUUUUUGAUUUACAGCGCUUGAAUUCAUUCAUUAAAUUAUAUUCUAGUCUA